AUGUCCCGCCGCAAGGCUGGUAGCGCGCCCCGCCGAGUCGACCCCGUGCCUGCCCCCCACUCCGACGACGAGAUGGAGAUGCCGGACCUCACCAUCGAUGUGAAGCCGGAGCCAGACGCCGAGCCCUCCCCGGCCCCGCGGCGGGAGCUCUUCGCCCCGAGCAAGGCGCCCCAGCUGGGGCACGCGGGGGGCGAUCGCUGCCACUCUUCCGGCUGCCCGCCCGCGCAGGGCUCCCUCCAUACCCCCGGCGCACCCAGCUCCUGGGCCCUGUGGACGACUCUGGUCCCUCAGGCAUUCGACCGCCAGCCUUGGUCGGACAAACACCCCGAUCUGUUGACCUGCGGCCGCUGCCUGCAGACCUUUCCCUUGGAGUCUAUCAUUGCUUUCAUGGAACACAAGAAACAAAGCUGUCCGCUCUUCCGAGGCCCCAGGCCCGGCCCGGGCUCAGAACACGAGGAGCUGCGUGUCUUGAACUGCCUUCGCUGUGGCCGCCAGUUCACGCAUGCCUGGAAGCUGUUGCGCCACGCCCAGUGGGACCACAACAUGUCUAUCUACCAGACUGAGUCCAACGCUCCUGAGGCCCCGCUGCUGGGCCUGGCCGAGGUGGCCGCGGCCGUGUCCGCUGUGGUGGGGUCCGAGGUGGAGACCAAGGGCCUCCGGGGGAGCGGCCGCCGCAGCCCCACCUGCACCGUGUGCAAGAAGACCCUCAGCUCCUUCAGCAACCUCAAGGUACACAUGCGAUCCCACACAGGCGAGCGGCCCUAUGCAUGCGACCAGUGCUCCUACGCCUGCGCCCAGAGCAGCAAACUGAACCGCCACAAGAAGACCCAUCGCCAGAUGCAGACCCCGAGCCCCUGCUCCAGCGACUCGGGCCAGGUGCAGGCUGCCAUCGCACCCCCGGAGCCCGCCAACCACGCCACCGCCCCUGCCACCGCCAGCACCCUUCAGAGCAGCCGUGGGGAGGGGGCUGCUGCCACCGCUGGAGUCCAGGAGCCUGGAGCCCCGGGGGGUGGGGCUUCGCAGGCCAGCCCAGGGGCUACCACCUCAGACCAGGACUCAGAGCCCAGCACGAGCCAGGUGUCCCCUCUGCCGCAGAAGCCAGCGGGCAAGAGCCGGGGCCCUGGGGGAAGCUGCGAGUUCUGCGGGAAGCGCUUCGCCAACAGCAGCAACCUGACUGUGCACCGGCGCUCGCACACGGGGGAGCGGCCGUACACCUGCGAGCUCUGCCCCUAUGCCUGCGCCCAGAGCAGCAAGCUGAACCGCCACCGACGUAUGCACGGCCAGGGCCCAGGCAGCACCUGCUUCCAGUGCCCCCACUGCUGCGUGCCCUUUGGCCUGCGUGCCACCCUGGACAAGCACCUGCGACAGAAGCACCCUGAGGCGGAAGGGGGCGCCUGA